UUUUCAGAUGUUAAACGACACAUUUCGAAUUAUAAGUAAUGCCACUUUGGAUGAUGAUCCAUGUUCCGUGUCAUUCAUAGAUCAACCAUUUGUAAAAAUUCCCGUAAUGAUUAUAUACUGCCUGGUAUUUGUUGUAUGUCUCUCCGGUAACUUCCUAACACUAAUUGUGAUGACUUCUCACCCAAUGAUGCGAACACCUACAAACUUUUUUCUAUCAAAUCUCGCAAUUGCUGAUCUUCUAGUUGCAAUUUUUUGUAUUCUACAGAAUAUGAUACACAUAGUUGGAUUCGAUCAUGGGAAUUGGCCUCUUGGACCAGUUAUGUGCAAACUCUACCUGGGAUUAACCAACAUUAUGCCAUGCACAAGUGCCGGUAUAUUAGUUCUGGUCUCCCUCGAAAAAUACAUCGCAGUACUUCAUCCUUUAUCUGGAUUAAAGUUGCUCACGCCAGAGCAUCGAUGGGUUGCAACAAUGAUUGUUUGGGUUAUAAGCAUUCUUGUCAAUUUUCCCUACUUUCUGUAUGCACAAAAUUACACAUAUCUUGGUGUCAGUGCUUGCUUCAGAGGAUCAAUGCCCAUAUGGAACUCCUUCUCAUUUAUUGUUUGGUAUCUCAUUCCACUGACUGCACUCGUAUUCAUCUAUUCUCGAAUCAGUCAUUUACUUUGGACAUCUGACAGUAAUCGACAAAGCAGCAGGCAGAGUCAUGAAUCAAAUGGAUCCCUGGAAAGAGGUAAUGGAUAUGCAAACACCGCACAACCUGGUUCAAGUUGGCAAAUGAAAAAUGGAAGAAUUGUUGUUUAUAAACAAGAAAGCCUUCUAAAUGUUCCAAAACGAGAGAAGAAAGUUAAAGAACCAAAGCGACCAAAAGAUACCGAAGGACGGCGGAAAGUUGUACGACUUCUUGUUGCAGUUGUCGUUUCAUUUGCUCUUCUUACUUUUCCGCACCAUGCAAGACUUUUGUACACGAGUUUCCAAACUGGUACCAUCUGCAAUUCAAAUUGGACAAUGAUAUUCCAACCACUGUCCUAUAUAUUCUUGUUCAUAUCUUCAGCGAUUAACCCAAUUCUAUAUGCAUGUUUAUCAAAACGGUUUAGGAAUGCACUAUCUGAUGUAAUACACUGCAGGAAAGGAGUGUUCUCAAGGAUAUCUCGCUCCCGAAACAGGACGCUUGUCAGCGAUGUUCCACCAGAAGAUUCUCGAUGUCCAAGUCCUGCUCCAAUCAGAAUGCACAGGAUUCGUUGAUUUAAAAAAAAAUCGUUGCUGUAAAUACUUGUUUAUGUACAUCGAAUUAUAGCUCAAUUGUUCACUGCAACUUUUUCCUCACGAGGGACGAGGAAAAGUGGUUUCUAGGCCAUGGCCGAGGGGCCGACAAGUUUCAGCGGCCAUUUAUCUUGCUUUAUUUUCCGCCUGUUUUCUUUUGUUUUUCACAGCUUUUUCCCGUUUUUUCUUAUUAAAACUGAUAAAUAAAUAUUUUUUGCAGAUGCUAAAACAAUUUCCAAGUAAAAAAUAAUGCUAUCAGUCGGCAAGUAGCGGUGAAAGUGGGCAAUGUAAUUUGAUGGAUUACGGGAAUAAAAAACCCAAACUUUUUCUGAAACAUGGUAUAUAUUCUGCUUAGAGGCUGAAACUACCCGAUUUUUAUAACGAGACCGCUGAAAAAGUUUUGAGAUUUUCAAAACUCGACAUUUUGUGCGAAAAUCUCGACUUUUUCACCAAAAAAGUUGAAUUUUGAAAACCUCAAAACUUUUUCAGCGGUCUCGUUAUAAAAAUCAGGUACUUUCAGCAUCUAAGCAGCAUAUGUAUCAUGUUUGGGAAAACGAUUGGGUUUUGUAUUCCCGUAAUCCAUCAUAUUACGUUGCCCACUUUCACCGCUACUUGCCGACUGAUAACAUAAUUUUUUUACUUGGAAAUUGUUUUAGCAUCUGCAAAAAAUAUUUAUUUAUCAGUUUUAAUAAGAAAAAACGGCAAAAGGCUGUGAAAAACGAAAGAACACAGGCGGAAAACAAAGCAAGAUAAAUGGCCGCUGAAACUUGUCGGCUCCUCGGCCAUGGCCUAGAAACCAUUUUUCCUCGUCCCUCGUGAGGAAAAAGUUGCAGUGUUGUUCCGGAAGUUGAAUUAUUUUUUACGGGUUCCUUCGAGUAUAAAUGAACUUUU